AUGUUUAAGGCUGCUAAAUGGAGCACUCCUACACCAACAGAGAACCUGCUAAGGGAAAAAUUAACAAGUGUUGGGAAUGUUGAACAUAGGCUAGCUUGGGAGCGAGAUGGCUGGGAGAUUCUGGUUAAAGAAACAAAGAGCAGAGCUAAGUAUCAGAUAAAUCAAAUCAGACAGGUUGAAAACCUCUGCGAACACAUUGUUUCAAGCGGGCUACUAGAGAGGGUUGAGCUAGUUGUAAUUUCUCCCUUGUUGAGCCCUCCCAUUUUGGCACUUGAGGUUGCUAGAGACCGUAAUGGAGUUUGUAUGAGAAGAAACGUGAGCGAGUAUCAAUCUCUUUUCCCCACCAUUGAUUUCUCCCAGAUUGAAAGUGAAGAGGACAACCUAUGGAGACCCGAUGUUCGAGAAUCUGAAGAAGAGGCUUUGGCGAGAGGGCUAGAGUUCAUGAAAUGGCUAUGGAAGAGACCAGAGAAGGAGGUCGCAGUUGUUAGCCAUGGCAUAGUUUUGCAGCAUAUGUUCCUGACUUCUUCUACGGAGAAAUGA